UGGCUCUGCGCUGCCGGCAGGAGGGCGGGGCGCUGCCUUGCUGUGUGCGAGCCGCUGCCGGCGCUCUGGGCUGCCUGCCAGGACAGACCACAGCAGUGCAGAGCCAGCCCCUGACAACCAGCUGUGCUGAGCUGAUGCUGUGGGGAUGGAGCCCGCCCUGAGGAAAGCAGGCUCCAGGCAGGAAGAGGCCUUCGGCGCGCAGCCCAGGAGAGUGGGUGACCUGGCCCUGGACCCCCUGCUCCGAGGGAGCAGCAGCAGGAGCAAGAAGAUGGCGCCGCCCUUCAGCUGCGAGAACAAGCAGGAGAACUUGAGCUCCUGGAUCCCCGCGCACAUCAGCAGGAAGGAGUGUGUGUACUUCGUGGAGAGCGCCAAACUCUCAGACGCGGGCAAAGUGGUGUGUGCCUGUGGCUACACGCGCCAGCAGCAUGGGGAGGAGGCCACCAGGCCGCACCCCUUCCCGGACAAGGAAUGGGACCCCAAGAAGCAUGUGCAGGAGCGGCCGACGGAUGCCUUUGGGGACAUUGUGUUCACAGGCCUGGGCCAGAAAGUGGGAAAGUAUGUCCGCGUCUCCCAGGACACUCCGUCCAGCGUCAUCUACCACCUCAUGACGGAGCACUGGGGGCUGGAGGUCCCCAACCUCCUCAUCUCCGUGACGGGGGGUGCCAAGGACUUCAACAUGAAGCCCCGGCUGAAGAGUGUCUUCCGGAGGGGCCUGGUCAAGGUGGCCCAGACCACAGGGGCCUGGAUCAUCACUGGGGGGUCCCACACAGGCGUGAUGAAGCAGGUGGGGGAGGCUGUGCGGGACUCCAGUCUGAGCAGCCGCGGCAGCAAGGCCAGCGUGGUGACCAUAGGAGUGGCCACGUGGGGCACUAUCCACAACCGCGAGGACCUGGUGCACCCCACGGGCAGCUUUCCCGCCGAGUAUGUGAUGGACGAGGAGGGCCAGGGCCACCUCACCUGUCUGGACAGCAACCACUCACACUUCAUCCUCGUGGAUGACGGCACACACGGCUGCUACGGCGUAGAGAUCCCGCUGCGGGCCAGGCUGGAGAAGUUCAUCUCAGAACAGACCAAGGAACGGGGCGGCGUGGCCAUCAAGAUUCCCAUCGUCUGUGUGGUGCUGGAGGGAGGACCGGGCACUCUGCAUACCAUCUACAACGCCAUCACCAACGGCACACCCUGCGUGGUGGUGGAGGGCUCAGGCCGGGUGGCCGACGUCAUCGCGCAGGUGGCCAGCCUGCCCGUGCCGGACAUCCGCAUGGGGCUCAUCCAGCAGAAGCUGGGGGUCCUCUUCCACGAGACCUUCGACACCUUCACGGAGCUCAGGCUCAUUGAGUGGACCAAGAAGAUCCAGGAUAUUGUGCGGCGGCGGCAGCUGCUGACCAUCUUUCGGGAUGGCAAGGAUGGCCAGCAGGACGUGGACGUGGCCAUCCUUCAGGCCCUACUCAAAGCCUCUCGGAGCCGCGACCACUUUGGCCAUGAGAGUUGGGACCACCAGCUCAAGCUGGCCGUGGCCUGGAACCGUGUGGACAUCGCCCGCAGUGAGAUCUUCACUGACGAGUGCCAGUGGAAGCCUUCAGAUCUGCACCCCAUGAUGACGGCUGCCCUCAUCUCCAACAAGCCGGAGUUCGUGCGGCUCUUCCUGGAGAACGGGGUGCGGCUGAAGGAGAUGGUGACAUGGGACGUGCUGCUGUGGCUCUACGGGAACCUGGAGCCGUGUCUGUUCCACUACAAGCUUCAGAAGGCGCUGGCCGAGGAGCCCUGUGCGCCCGCCGGGCCACACCUGCGCAUGUACCACGUGGCCCAGGUGCUGCGGGAGCUGCUGGGGGACUUCACGCAGCCCCUCUACCCCCGACCCCGCAGCAGCGACCGCCAGCGCCUGCUGCUUCCGGUGCCACACAUCCGGCUCAGUGUGCAGGGCCCCAGCCUCCGCUCGCCCCCCAAGUGCUCGGCCAACCCCAGCACCUUCACCACGGACCCCAUCCGCGACCUGCUCAUCUGGGCCAUCGUCCAGAACCGCCGGGAGCUGGCCGAGAUCAUCUGGGCUCAGAGCCAGGACUGCAUUGUGGCGGCGCUGGCCUGCAACAAGAUCCUGAAGGAGCUGUCCAAGGAGGAGGGGGACACGGACAGCAUGGAGGGCAUGCUGGCCCUGGCCGACGAGUACGAGCACAGGGCCAUCGGGGUGUUCACCGAGUGCUACCGGAAGGACGAGGAGCGGGCUCAGAAGCUGCUCACCCGCGUGUCCGAGGCCUGGGGGCGGACCACGUGCCUGCAGCUGGCCCUGGAGGCCAAGGCCAUGAAGUUUGUAUCUCACGGUGGCAUCCAGGCCUUCCUGACCAAGGUGUGGUGGGGCCAGCUGAGCGUGGACAACGGGCUGUGGCGGAUCAUACUGUGCAUGCUGGCCUUCCCGCUGCUCUGCACCGGCCUGGUCUCCUUCAGGGACCGCAAGCUGCAGGCCGUGCAGGGGCUGGCCCGCGUGCGCGCCUUCUUCAACGCUCCCGUGGUCAUCUUCCACCUCAACAUCCUGUCCUACUUCGCCUUCCUCUGCCUCUUCGCCUACGUGCUCAUGGUGGACUUCCAGCCGGCGCCGUCCUGGAGCGAGCGCCUUAUCUACCUCUGGCUCUUCUCCCUGGUGUGCGAGGAGCUGCGCCAGCUCUUCUAUGACCCCGACGGGUGUGGGCUGGCCAAGAUGGCAGUGCUGUACUUCAGCGACUUCUGGAACAAGCUGGACAUUGCGGCCAUCCUCCUCUUCAUUGCCGGGCUGACCUGCAGGCUCACCCCCGGCAUGCUGUACCCCGGCCGCAUCAUCCUGGCCCUGGACUUCAUCAUGUUCUGCCUUCGGCUCAUGCACAUUUUCACCAUCAGCAAGACUCUGGGCCCCAAGAUUAUCAUCGUGAAGCGCAUGAUGAAGGAUGUCUUCUUCUUCCUCUUCCUGCUGGCCGUGUGGGUGGUGUCCUUUGGCGUGGCCAAGCAGGCCAUCCUCAUCCACAACGAGAGCCGUGUGGACUGGAUCUUCCGGGGUGUUGUCUACCAGUCGUACCUCACCAUUUUUGGGCAGAUCCCUGCCUACAUCGAUGGUGUGAACUUCAACCCCGACCACUGCAGCCCUGAUGGCACAGACCCGUACAAGCCCAAGUGCCCGGAGAGCGACUCUGCACGGCAGGCGCCCGCGUUCCCUGAGUGGCUGACAGUGACCCUCCUCUGCCUCUACCUGCUCUUCACCAACAUCCUGCUGCUCAACCUCCUCAUCGCCAUGUUCAACUACACGUUCCAGCAGGUGCAGGAGCAUACGGACCAGAUCUGGAAGUUCCAGCGCCACGACCUGAUCGAGGAGUACCAGGGCCGGCCGCCCGCGCCGCCCCCCCUCAUCCUCCUCAGCCACCUACACCUGUUUGUCAAGAGGGUGGUCCUCAAGAUCCCGGCCCGGAGACACCGGCAGCUGAAGAACAAGCUGGAGAAGAACGAGGAGGCAGCGCUGCUGUCCUGGGAGCUGUACCUGAAGGAGAGCUACCUGCAGAGCCAGCAGCUCCUGCAGAGGCAGCGGCCCGAGCACAAGAUCCAGGACAUCAGCGGGAAGGUGGACGCCAUGGUGGACCAGCUGGAAAUGGACCGUCUGAAGCGCUCGGCCUCUGCGGAGCAGAGACUGGCCUUCCUGGAGGAGCAGGUGGCGGAGAUGGCCCGGGCGCUGCGCAGCAUUGCAAAGACCCUGAGCACGGCCAGCGCGGGUGGGGAGGAGGCCGUCCCUCUGCUGGACCCCCCAAAGACCCCUGAGGGGUGUGACCCCGCGCUGGACAGCAGGGCAAAGGUGGAGGACGCUGGAGAUGGCCUCCCCCAUGUGAACGCCAGGCACCUCCUGUACCCCAGCUCCUCUGUCAUGCGCUUCCCGGUGCCCGACGAGAAGGUGCCCUGGGAGGCGGAGUUCCUCAUCUACAACCCGCCCUUUCACUCAGCUGAGAGAAGGGAGAAGGGCCUGGAGGACACCGUGGGAAGUGCCCUGGAGCUGCGUGCGGGGAUCCGCUACAAUGUGGUGGACAGGGCUGUGGACCGACGGAGCUCCCACGGCGCCUACGCGGUGCAGGAUGGGCUCCCGCUGAACCCCAUGGGUCGCACGGGGCUGCGGGGACGCGGGACUCUCAGAUUCUUUGGCCCCAACCACACUCUGCUGCCAGUGAUCACCCGGUGGCGGAGGAACCAGGAUGGAGGCAUCUGCAGGCGGAGCAUCAAGAAGAUGCUGGAAGUGCUGGUGCUGAGACGCCCGGGGUCGGAGCUCUGGGCCCUGCCUGGGGGCUCCCGGGACCCAGGGGAGAUGCUGCCCCAGAAGCUGAGGCAGGUGGUCCACCCUGAGUUCUGGCCCACCUUCAAGAGCCUGCUGGCCCAGGGCACAGAGCUGUACAAAGGCUACAUGGACGACCCUCGGAACACGGACAACGCGUGGAUCGAGACGGUGGCCGUGAGCGUCCACUUCCCUGACCAGAACGACGUGGUGCUGCAGAUGCUCAGCUCGCCUCUGCCCAGCUGUGCCACGGUCACUGCCGUCCAGUGGCAGGUGCUGGACCGACGCCUCCCGCUCUACGCCGACCACAAAACUCUGCUGCAGAAGGCGGCCACGCUCUUCGGGGCCUACUACUGAGUACUGCCGGCGACCCCCGGGAGCGGCCUGCCCCGAGGUGUGCCUUACGGACCUCCACGACGCCCAGGACAUGCACAGACCACGUAGGGCUGAGGUGCGGGGAGCCCAUGACAGCUCUGUCCUUGGAGCCAUGGGGCCACGGCAGGGCCCGCAGCUCAGCGUCACCAGAGCCUGGCUGCUCCCUGCCCAGGACAUGCCCAUCCACCAGCGGAGCCCAAGUCUACUAGCCUUUAGAGUCCGGGUCCCUGUGACUGGCCUUGCACCAGGUCUGGUGGGCACAUGGGAACCCCCCACUGGCCACAACUCUCAUGCGUGGGCCCCACACGGGCAGGAUACCCCAAGGUGUGGGAGCCCUGCCUGGGGUUUGGGGUGCACCGGAGAGGUGAUCACCUUUCGGCCUGAGCCAGAAAGUGGGAAAAUAGCUUCAGACCCAGGCAAAUGCCCGUGUGUCCUAAAUAAAGAUUCAGAGGAGCAUAGA